UGUUAGCCGAAUUGUAGAGCGCAUGGGAUAAUGGCCAGGAAUAAAUUUGUUUAAUUUUCCAUACCAAUUGUUAUUACUACUAAGACCUUUCUUCUCUUUGUUGUAGUGAAGAUGGUGAAAGGGAACAAAAUAUUCCUUCAACUGCACAUCAAUCGUCUGAAUAUUUGUCUCACAACAAUAAUGAAUCUACUUUCAAAGCCAACAAAUUUCCACCUUUGAAUGGCACCAGUAGGCAAG